CAUAAUUAACUGAAUGAAAUAAUGUUAUAUUAACUUAAUUGGUUGUAUGCUAAUUAGAUUAUUUUAACAUGUAUAUAAUUAUUUAUUUUACUAAAUAAAUUUCUUUUCAACUAUUUUUGUAAUAUAUAAUUCUCAAUCUUUGGGUUUUGGCAAAGUCAAUUCUAUUUAUUCUAACUUGAAUAUGUCUAUUAAUAUCAAUUCAACAAAACAAUUUGAUGAAGCUUUGGAAUCAAAUAAAGAUAAAUUAAUUGUUGUUUGCUUUUAUGCAACAUGGUGUGGUCCUUGUAAACAAGUUGCACCAUUAUUUGAAGCAAUGGCUAUCAGUAUGACUAACAUUGCUUGUCUCAGAGUAGAUUUAGAUUCUUAUAGGGAAUUGGUGAAAAAAUAUGAAGUUACUUCUGUGCCUACUUUUAUUUUUAUAAAAAAUAAGCAAAAAGUUGAUAUAGAAUGUGGUAUAAACUUUAAUAAUGUUAGAGAAAAAGUGAAAAAAUAUUCUUAAAUUCCCUAUGAUCUUUUUUUUAUUCAAUUUAUUCACUCAAUAAAAUAAUAAAAUUUAUAAUACUAUUUUAUUGAUAAUUUUAAUUCAAUAUUAAUAUUAAAUUUGUAAUUUUCUUGUAUUAAUAAACUAAAAUCUAUUUUUUACCAAUUGUUCUGUUCUUAAUUUGCAAAUAUUUUUACUAAUAAUUUGAGUUGUCUCUAGACCUGUCAUACAUCCCACUUUAAGUUAUGCUGUAUUGCUAAAUAAAUUUUAUCACCUGCAGAAAAAAACAAGACUAAAUGUCUUGCUAAAUUUUAUAUUCUGCCAAAAAUCAUAAACUUUUAUAUUUUAAUCUAAAGAAAUUAAAAUUAUUUUUAUACAUUAUAUUACAUUAACUGGAAAUUUUGUCAAAUUUUAUAUUUUUGGAUUUUUUUUAAGUAAAAAACUCUUAUUGUGACCUAAUUAUAUUCCAAAUAUCAUAUUAUAUCCUUCUAGACUAGCGAUGAACAUUGUUGGCUAAUGUGAUAAUAGUGUUAAUUUUUGUAAAAUGAUGGAGUCUAAAUAAAUUAAUGAUUAUUUAUGCUAAAAGGCUAUAACAGCAGCUAAAAAGUGCAUAGAAUAAAGUUUCUGCCAGCAGGCUGUAACUGCAGCUAUAACUAUGAAAUGAUAAUAUAUUCAACAGAUUAAAGAAUAAAGUAAUGAAUCUUAAUUUUUUUUAUUACACAUAUGUUUGUUGAAGAAUGGACAAAUCUUGUAAAUACAUACAUGCGAAAUGGUUAUCAUUAAUUCCUGCAUUCAUUGAGCCAUUAGUGCUGACUCAGGAGUUGGCUCGAAUCAACUUAGUAGUUGGUUGAGUUUAAUUUUGAGCUGAUUUUUUUUGUGAGAUAUUUCAAGAAUAUAAGUAAAAUUUGUGUGCAGUUUUUCUACGGUGGAUUCAGAAUUUAGCUACUUCAAUGAGCAACAUGAGUGGGUUAGCUGAAUUUUCUCUUGAACUUUUAGGUCACACAUGCUUAAUUAUAACUACAAAUAAAUUAUUAAAAAAAACUAUUUACCACUCAGAUUCAGAUGUUUUAUAAAUAUAUUAAAAAAAUUGACCACUAAUAUUUUUUAAUCGAAUAAUUAUAAAACCCUGGUGAACCAAUAAACAUAUUGGUCAAAGAAUAAUGACAAAAAGGUCAGGUGUAAAUUACCAAGAUGUAGGGCAUUACCAAAGGUUAAAUGCUGUUUAGAUGGUAAUAUUUUUUCACACAUUGCUUUAUGGAAAGUGGACAAUUGUGGGAAAUUAUGUGUGAUGAUAGGAAAACAAUGGGAAAUUUCUUUAAAAAAUACAGAAAUAUGAUUUAAUUUCAAGUUAUUUAAUUUGUUAUAUUUGUUUGAAGAUGAAAGCUAUUCCAGAUCUCAAUCAAACUAAUAAAAUUUAUAUUCCAGUCCAUUCUUAUAUUUGUCCAGUCAUCAAAAGAUGUAGUGAUUGACGACAAAUAUUUAAGUUUAUAGCCAUUUUAGCUUCCCUUUAGAAGGGAAGCAAAUAAUAGAUGCCGAGUCGCGCCUACCACUAAUUGCCACGUCUCUAACAUCAUUCACCUCAUGCCCUGGCGGCCUUCCAUAAAGAGCUGGGAAAACGGAUUUCUACCAGAAUUGAGGUUUCCAAUGAGGGAUUCUACCUGAGUCAAAGGCAAUAAAAUACAACUACCUCAGCUUUAUACCCUAAAUGAUGGACUAAUAAACAUCCUAUGCAUAGGAUAUAUUUGCUCCCAAUUAUAAAGUUAACGCUAAAAAGGAACCUGGAUAUCAAUAAAUAAAAUACAGCAAAA